AUGAGGGGCUUGAUAGUAGCCCUGGUUUUAUCACUAGUGGGGAGCCAACCACUUAAUCACCAACCUGAGUUCAGUGAAAACAAGGUUUAUACAUUUGACUAUGAAAGCGCCCUUCUCAGUGGACUUCCAGAGAAAGGACUUGCAAGAGCUGGAAUAAGAAUAAAAAGUAAAGUGGAGAUUAGUGGUAUUGGGCCAAAACUUUGUCUUAUUAGGAUUCACUCAAUUGAAGCAGCAGAGUACAAUGGUGUCUGGCCCACAAGCUCAUUCUCUCGAUCACUCAAACUGACCCAGGUACUAACUGGACAACUUAGUAACCCCAUCAAGUUUGAGUACAGCAAUGGCCAUGUUGGAAACCUUUUAGCUCCAGAUUCUGUCUCAGAUGAUGGUCUGAACAUCUACAGAGGAAUUCUGAACAUGCUGGAGCUGAGUAUAAAGAAGAUGCAGCAUUCAUACAGCCUACAGGAGGCUGGAAUUGGAGGUAUUUGUAACACCACAUAUGCAAUUCAGGAAAACAAGAGAGCAAACCUAAUCUAUGUGACCAAAUCCAAGGACCUGAACAGUUGUGAAGAGAAAGUUCAAAUGAUCACAGGUUCAGCAUACACUCACCCAUGCCAGACCUGCCAGCAGAGAAACAAGAACUCCCAGGCAACUGCUACUUACAAUUACAAAAUCAAAUAUGCACGUAAUGAAGCUGUAAUUGCACAAGCUGAUGUUGAGGAAAUCCACCAGUUUGCACCCUUCAACGAGGUAACAGGAGGAAAUGCAAUAGUAGAAGCAAGGCAGAAACUUGCUUUGACUGACGUGCAGAAGCAAAUGGCAGAGGUCCCACCAAAAGAAUUCCAGAAACGUGGGUCACUUCAGUACCAGUUUGGCAGUGAAUUGCUUCAGCUUCCUGUCCACUUAUUCAGGAUAAAAAAUGUGGAAAACCAGAUAGAGGAGGGUCUGCAAGACCUUGUAGAGACCACAUCUGAACAGCUUUCCAGUGAUGCACCAGCAAAAGCCCUUAAGCUUUUGCAUCUUUUUCGUGCAGCAAAUGAGGAGAAUUAUGAGUCGGUGUGGAAGCAGUUCUCCGGUCGGCCAGCAUACAGGCGCUACAUUUUGGAUAUGAUUCCUGCAGUUGCCAGUCACCGUGCACUCAAGUUCCUGAGGCAUAAAAUGGAAAAGCAAGAACUCACCAAUUGGGAAGCAGCCCAGACAUUGCUUGUGGCUCUUCACUCAAGCACACCAACUCAGGACGUGAUGGAGGAAGCAACACUCAUAGUGAAAAAACAUUGCCCACGCUCAAGUAGUCUACUUGGAAAGGUUUGCCACCUCAGCUAUGCAUCCCUGUGUCACAAACAGUGCUGGUCGUCAGGCUCCUGCUCGGAAUGUCUCCAGCUGCUUCAUGGCUUUGCAGGAGAAGCAUUAAGCAAGUCUAACACAGAAGAUAUAUUCCUGGCUUUGAAAGCCAUUGGGAAUGUGGGACAUCCAGCCAGCAUCAAGCACAUCAAGAAAUUUUUGCCAGGAUAUGCAGCUGGUGCCUCAGAUUUGCCUCUCAAGGUCCAUGCGACUGCUGUGAUGGCCCUAAAAAACAUUGGCAUGAAAGACCCAAAAAUGGUCCAGGCUAUUACCCUUGAGAUUUUUCUGAAUCACAAAAUCCAUCCUCGGGUCCGAAUGUUAGCUGCAGUGGUUUUGCUUGAAACCAAACCAGGUCUUCCAAUAGUGAUGACAUUAGCUGAUGCUGUUCUGAAGGAACCUAGCAUGCAAGUGGCAAGUUUCAUCUAUUCUCACUUGAGGGCCCUGGGUAGAAGCACAGCUCCAGAUCUUCAAGUGAUGGCUUCUGCCUGCAGGAUGGCUAUCAGACUAUUAACUCCCAAAUUUGACAGAUCUGGGUAUCAGUUCAGCAAAGUUUUCCGCUUCAGUAUAUUUAAAGAGCUCCUCAUGAGUGGAAUCGCAGCUAAAUACUUGGUAUUGAAUAACGCAGGCAGCUUAAUUCCAGCAACGGCAAUGUCCCAGCUGCGGACACAUUUCCUUGGAAGAGUGGCUGAUCCCUUGGAGGUGGGGGUAACAGUUGAAGGACUGCAGGAGAUGCUUGCUAGAAAGGGCUCCUCUUCCAAUGGGGACUGGGAAGCAGACUCUGAUUUCAAAGAGAUCCUGAAAACGCUUUCUGACUGGAAGGCACUGCCCAGUGACAAACCUUUUGCAUCAGGUUACCUGAAGAUGUUUGGCCAAGAGCUGUUCUUUGGUGAACUUGAUAAAAAUGCCAUCCAAAAUGCAUUGCAGAUGUGGUAUGGACCUGAUGAAAAAAUCCCUUCAGUAAAAAGAGUAAUCAGCACCCUUCAAAAUGGUGUUGGGAGACAGUGGACCAAGGCUUUCCUGGCCUCAGAGAUUCGUCGUAUUGUGCCCACCUGCACUGGGUUCCCGACAGAGACCAGCCUCUAUUACUAUUCUAUCACAAAAGUGGCAGGAAAUGUUCAAGCACAGAUCACACCUUCUCCAAAGUCUGAUUUCAGAUUAACAGAGUUACUAAGUGCCAACAUCAGGCUGCGAUCCAAAAUGAGUCUAAGCAUGGCUAAGAAGAUGACCUUUGUAAUGGGGAUCAACACACACCUGAUUCAGGCAGGGCUGGAAGCACAAACCGAAGUGAAUGCUUAUGUACCUGUGAAUGUGGUUGCUACUGCCAAUAUGAAAGACAAAAACAUCAAAAUUGAAAUUCCACCAUGUAAAGAUGAGACUAACACAAUUACUGCAAGGUCUAAGACAUUUGCUGUUACAAGAAAUAUUGGGGAUUUGGCUGCUAGUAAGAUGACUCCAGUUCUUGUACCUGAAGCAGUGCCUGACAUAAUGAAGAUGUCUUUCGAUUCAGAUUCUGCAUCGGGAGAGACUGACAACAUCAGGGACAGACAGUCUGCAGAAGAUGCUUCAGCAGGAAAUUCCUUUCCCUUUGGACACUUCUCUUCCCCCAAAAAGCCAUAUGUUCAGUCCUUGUGCUCCAAUGCAAGUACAUUUGGGGUUCAAGUGUGUGUUGAGAGGAAAAGUGUGCAUGCAGCAUUUAUCAAAAAUAUGCCUCUCUAUUACCUUGUUGGAGAGCACAGCCUUUCGAUAAGCUUCAAGCCAGUUUACACAGAGGCACCUAUUGAAAAAAUACAAGUCACAAUUCAGGCAGGAGACCGAGCUCCUACAAAAAUGGUGCGUUUAGUAACAUUUGAAGAUCCGAAGGCACAAGUAUCUUCCAGCAAAGAAGUAAUUAGAAGAGUGAGGAAAAUCCUUGAUGGUACUGAUGACCAGGGCACGAGAAAAUCCAGAAGUUCAUCCUCAAGUGCCAGCAGCACCAGUGGAAGUAGUGAGAGUACAACGAGUAGCCCCUCCAGCAGCAACUCUGACGACACAUCAUCACAAGGAGGCACCCAGAUAAACCUGAAAACAAGGCAGUCCAAAGCCAAAGAAAAGAAAUUCUACCCCUUCGGAGACAGUGGCAGUAGUAGUGAUAGUAGUAGCAGCAAAAGCAGUAGUAGUGAUAGUAGUAGCAGCAAAAGCAGCAGUAGUAGCAGCAGUAGUAGCAGCAGUAGUAGCAGCAGUAGUAGCAGCAGUAGUAGCAGCAAAAGCAGCAGUAGCAGCAGCAAAAGCAGCAGUAGCAGCAGCAAAAGCAGCAGCAGCAAAAGCAGCAGCAGCAAAAGCAGCAGCAGCAGCAGCAAAAGUAGCAGCAGCAGCAGCAGCAAAGCAUCUGAUAUAAAGCAUAAGGUUAAGAAUCAGUCCAAGACUACACCAUUUCCAAAUGCCAGUGCUGCUGAAGGAAAGAAAAGUGUGGGUGAGCAGAAGCGUAAAACACAGAGCAGCAGCAGAAGUAGCAGCAGCAGCAGUAGCAGCGAAAGCAUCGGUGCUUCCUAUCGCCGAAGCGAGUAUGACAGACAAGCUGAGAUGAAACGUAUCAAGCCCCGGUUGAACAGUCACAGUGGUUAUGACAUUUCUACAGAAUGGGAGGAUCACCUUCCGAAAGUAUACCAGCUCCGCUUCAAGUCUGCUCACAUCCAUUGGCAUCCAGAUCACAAGAUAUCAAGCAGAUCAUCAUCAUCAUCAUCUUCAUCGUCCUCUGAGUCAGGAAGCAGCCACAGCAACAGCAGCAGCAGCAGCAGCAGGAGCAGUCACCUGAGAGGCACUAGCAGCAGCAGCAGCAGCAGCAGCCACCACCAUGAAGGAAAUGCUGGCCACAGCUCAAAGAGCCAUGUGAGCAGAGGAGUCAAUAUCCCUCGCAGCCAUGAUUCCAGCUUGACACGUGAGCGCAACUUCCUGGGAGACGUAAUUCCACCUGGCAUUACAAUUGUGGCACAGGCAGUAAGGAGUGACAACAGAAAUCAAGGUUAUCAGGCUACAGCAUAUGUUCGUUCUGAUGCUGCCAAAGUUGAUGUGCAACUAGUUGUGGUUCAGCUGGCUGAAACCAAUUGGAAAGCGUGUGCUGAUGCUGUAAUACUGCCUCUGAAAGUACAGGCCAGACUGAGAUGGGGCAAAGAGUGCCGGGACUACAGGAUAGAAGCUGUGGCUACCACAGGCCAACUGGCGAGGAAGCCAGCUGUGCAGCUGAAGGUGCAGUGGGGAAAUCUUCCAUCCUGGAUGAAAAAGACAAGCACAGCGUUUAUGCAGUACGUUCCUGGUGCAGCUCUCAUGUUGGGCUUCUCAGAAGCACGUCAAAGAAAUCCAUCUCAUGAAAUUAUAGUAAGGGCAGCUGCAACAUCUCCACGAACAAUUGAUGCAGUAAUUAAAGCUCCCGAGUUAACACUUUACUGUCAGGCUCUCCGGCUGCCACUCACUCUGCCUUUAGGCCAGUCUCCAGCUUAUGAGGCUCGAGAUAUCACUGCCUGGAAUUUAUUCCCAGAAAUAGCUUCGCAAAUAGCACAAGAAGAUCAAUCUACAUGUGAAGUCACAGAGAGAGAUUUCAAAACAUUUGACCACAUGAGCCAUACCUAUUCUUUCAAUACAAGCUGCAACCUAAUAGUCGCCCAAGAUUGUACUGAGCACCCCAAAUUCAUCAUUACUACAAGAAAGGUUGAUCCUCAGUCUUUCUCCAGAAAGGUUCACAUAAAUACAACCUCAGUGAACAUUACAAUCUGUCCUGCUGCAAAUUCAUCUCUCCUUGUGACAUGCAAUGAAGAAGCAGUUCUAUCACACAGCAAAGUUUCUGAGUAUGAAAAAGACAAUGUUAGAAUUUACAAAAAAGGAAGAACAGUUAUCAUGGAAGCUCCAGCACAUGGACUGAAGAAUGUGAUUUUUGAUGGUGUGAUCCUUAAGGUUACAGUUGCUUCAUGGAUGAGAGGAAAGACCUGUGGAGUUUGUGGAAAUAAUGACAGAGAAAAGCACAAUGAACUCCAAAUGCCAAAUCAUAAGCUGGCACACAGCAGUUCUGCUUUUGUUCACUCAUGGGUGUUGCUAGAAGAAACCUGCUCUGGUGGGUGCAAGCUGCAGCGCAGUUAUGUGAAGCUGAAUCAAAAUCCUACUAUUGAUGGAGAGGAAUCUACGUGCUACUCUGUUGACCCAGUACUGAAAUGCAGGAAAGACUGUACUCCAAUCGAAAAAACUUCAGUUAAGGUUGGCUUCCACUGUUUCCCAAAAGAGACUGCUGGAAGCCUGCAGGAAUGGCAAAGAAGCAGCGAUAAGAAAUCAGCGUCUGAGGAUGUUGUGGAGUCUGUGGAUGCUGACAUCGAUUGUACCUGCACUGGUAACUGUAGUUAA